AUGCCACCUCUUUUCACCAUUGAAGAGAUCGAGGGGACUGACAUAUCGGAUGUCAUGUUGGCUGAAGCUGCCGCACUCUUCUCGUCGUCGUAUGGAGUGUGGGGUCCACUCGCCUCGGAGAAGAUGGGGAAGUCCUGCAAACCCGGCAACCGCAUCACCCUCACGCCCUCGCGCCUACGCGAUCAACACCUCCCGCCCGCUGCCCCCAGCAUACUAAUCCGCAGCCUCUCCGCGGGCCAGCUAGCUGGCCACGCACUCGCCACGCGCUGGCAGCACGCCGGCCGCACCAUCUGCUGGGUGACGCAACUCUGCGUACACCCCGCACUUCGGCGACAGCGGGUCGCUACAGAAAUGCUCCGCGCGCUGAGAGAGCGCCACAGCAACGCCACCAUCUUCGGGAUUCUGUCGUCGCAUCCAGCGGCGAUACUGGCUGCGCUGCGGGCGUUCGGGCGAGGCAUCGAAGAAGACGUUGAUCUGGACAUGGUGCGUGGGCGCGCGAGGGGCAUCAUGGACGCGUCGCCGGUCGAGUACGUCAAGGGUGCGAAGCUCGUGGGGAGUUUGUUCGGGCGGGAGCGCGAAGAUGGGGAGGCGAGUGUGUAUUGUGCGGAUACAGAGUUCUGGGUUGACCAUGCCGAGCCAAUGGCUGCGCUGAAGGUGGUUAGGGAGAGGGGUGUGGCGUGA